AUGUCAAUCAAUUAAGAACUUAGUUUUGAUUUCAAAUCUCAAGUCAAUUUUUAUACUGAUCCUUAAUCAUCCACUUAUUCUAAUUUUGCAGAGUAAUGGUAAGAGAAAAUAUCAAAUCUAUAACAAAAUAUAUAAGAAAUGUAACAAUAGAAAGAAGAUGUCAAAAAUACAUUAUUUUAAGCAUAAUCAAGAAUUAAAAAUAAGAAGUCUUAUAUAGAUGAACCAAAAAUGUAAUAAAUUGAAACUAGGACCUUAGAAACUAAUUAACCUAUUCAAAAUACAUCAAUAAAUCAUCUACUAAAUGAAUCAAGUUAAAUUUAAGAAUUUUAAACUCCCAUCAUUAACAUUAAUUAAUAACCUAUUGCAACAUUUCUAAUGGAUAUAAGAUUAAAUGAUAUCUAUUUACAAAAUUUUAUAGACUUAGGCAUUUAUGAUAAUGUAAGUCUUUUAAAAACUUUACCUCAAUAAAAUAAAUGCUAAUUUUUAUUAAACAAGUAUGGAAUUGAUAGAUUAGGUUAUUAACGAAGAAUCUUAGCUAAAUUAGAUGAAGGUAUAUUUGAAUUAGAUUAUCUUUUAGAAAUGGGAUUAUUUUCAAAAAAAGGAUUAUUGUUAAAUAUUGAAUACUGUUAGGAAUAAAUUCCAAAUAUGGAAGAAUGGUUAAAAUCUAUUAAUCAAUCAAAAUAUUAUCCUAAUUUUUAAUUAGCUGGGUAUGAUAACUUUGCUUAUUUAAUAUAUCAGGAGCAAAGUCAAUAUAAAUUAACAAUUUAAGAUUUUAAAGAUUAAUUUUAUAUAGAAAGUGAAUAAGAUAGAUAAUUGUUGAUUGCACACAUUAUUAUCAGUAAUAUUAAAUUAUUUAUUUAUUAGUAUGUGAUAAAAUGAUGAAUUGUGAUCUAUGGAGUGUUUAAGGUGUAAAAAACUAGUAAUAGUAAUCAGAUUUUAAUUUAAUAUAAUGUACUCUGCCUUCUAAUUAAUGUUUAAUCUUUUGA